AUGCAUCAUGAACAAGAACAAGUGCAUAAUCCUGAUGAUGACGAUGACGAAAUAGAAAAAGGUGACGAUUGUUCGUCGCCAUUAAAAUCACAAGAGGGGGGAAGGAUACAAACAAAGUCUUCAAGUUGUGGAUCUACUCGUAAGACUAAAGGUCUUAUGGAUUGUUAUUUCCCGCAAAAAUCAGGAGAUAUGGGAGAGAAAAGUAGUAAUCGUAAAAUUGAUGCCAAAUCGAUUUUGAGGGAUAGUGCAAUUGCAAUGUUUGCGCGGUGGAUGUAUGAUGUAGGUCUUCCUUUUAAUUGUGUUAAUUAUACUGACAUUUUUUCUGCUUUUAUUGAGGCCGUAGGACAAUAUGGUCUAGAAAUGAAGUCUCCAACUUAUCAUGAAGUUAGAGCAUAUUGCAUUAAUUUGAUCUUUGGUGAGAUUUUCAAGGAAAGACCUUUCCGUACAGUCUUUAAUCAGGCAAUUAGAGUGCAUUCCUAUAUUGUUCAAAGGCCUUUGUUAUUGAAUAUGAUGAAGAGAUUCACAAAACAAAGAAGCUUGGUGAAACCUGCAAAGGCAAAAUUUACUACCUCUUUCUUGACUUUGAAUAGGAUAUAUGAGCAAAAAAGCAAUUUGAAGUUGUUUGUUUCAUAUGAGUACGCUAACAGUGCCUAUGGAAGGGAAGCUCGAGGGAGAGAAUCUGUAGAUAUUAUGCUUUCUAAUGCAUUCUGGACUAAUGUGGUUCAUGCAUUGAAGAUUGGUGGUCCUUUAGUUAAAGUGCUUCAUUUGGUGGGUGGAGAGCAAAGACCGACAAUGGGCUACCUUUACGAAGCAAUGGAUAGGGUAAAGGAGGCUAUUCGAGGCUCGUUUAGUGAUAAAAGAAAAUAUAAAAGAGUCAUUGAGAUCAUAGAUAAAAGGUGGACAGAUCAGAUUCAUCACCCUUUGCAUGCAACUGGGCUUGUUUUGAACCCGGAACUAUUUUAUGACAAUAAAAAGAGGAUUAUAGGAGAUGCAAAAUUGUGGAAUGGAUACGUUGAAUGUAUUGAGAAGUUGAUACCUAAAGAAUCCGAUCAAGAUAAAAUAACAGAGCAAUUUAGUACUUGUAGGAAUGCUGAGCAACUUUUUGGAAAAAAAACAUGGCUAUUAGACAAAGAAGGACGAAGUCACCAGUUAAAUGGUGGAAGCAAUAUGGCCAUUCCACUCCAGAAUUACAAAAGUUUGUCAUCAAAGUUCUACAUUCAUACCAAAAAGAGGAACAAACUAACCUUGAAGCAUCUCAAUGAUCUAGUCUUCAUUAAGUACAAUAGAACAUUGAGGCGUCCUUACAAUGCUCGCAAUAUAAUUGAUCCAAUUAGUUUGGACAACAUCGAUGAUGCUAAUGAAUGGCUAACUGGAGUCCCGGAAGAUCAUGCAGAUGAAGAAGUAUUUGAGGAAACUUCUAAUUUCACUUGGGGUGAUGUUGCGGAGGCACAUAAAAUUGGGGAGAGGAUUGAUGGUUUGAAGGGUAGUAUUUGA